GAUCUCCCUCUACUCUGAUCCCUCCAUCUGCAGUCACUCCACAAAACAAACAGCCCAACAAGAGCAAGACCUCCAAGACUGCAAACAGCCGGCUACACGGAGCCUGCUUCCUUCCCGCGGCGGGUGAACCGUGCUGUGACUGUGCCACAUCUGGCCUGCCGGCGCUCGGCAGCGGUGACCUCACGGCGUUAUCUCGGCCGGGCGUGGGAGGCGGCGGAGCGGCUCCUCGGCACGGCUCUGCCCCGCUGCGCGCCGCUGCCCGCGCAGAGAAGCAGCCUCGACUUCCACCUCCUUAGUGAGCAGCAGAGAUGGAUGCGUUCCAAACAAUCCUGAAGUUCUUUAUGAACAGGAAAACAGCUAUAGGUUACAGUUUUAUGGCACUGCUGACGAUGGGAGGUGAACGUGUGUUUUCUCUUGUUGCUUUCAGAUGCCCUUGCAGCAAUGAAAACUUCAGGUACGGUUUGGUAUUUCUCUUCUCGCCAGCUCUUGUUUUGCUGGUUAUUGGAUACUUCUUGAACAGCAAGACCUGGAAACUCUUCACAGGCUGCUGGGUGAAUCCCAGGAAAAUAUUCCCCAGAGGGAAUAUCUGCCAUUUCUUUUACGUCUUUGGACAAAUCACUUUAAAUGCUCUGGUAGCCCCAGUGAUGUGGCUUUCCGUGGCUUUGCUCAACGGGACUUUUUACGAAUGUGCCAUGAGUGGCUUGAAAAAUCCUGCCUACUUACAAGCAGUUUGCCACAGCAAAUCGGAGAGCUGCUUUGAAGAGCUACACAAAGUAGCCUGUGACAAAAGCUCCCUGCCCUUUUCAGAGAGUGAUGAACUGAAAAGAACACUUCAAGCACAGUCCCAGAUUUUAGGCUGGUGUGUGAUAGUUACCUCAGCUCUCCUCUCCCUGCUAACCACUUGCUGCGCCAGCUGCCAGUCAAAAGUCAGCCACCUCCAGCUGAUGUUCUGGAGAGUGUAUGAGGGGACGGAGAAGGAGCAACUGGAGCAGAUUUUCCAACUGUAUGCCACCAAGCUGAGCGAGCGAAACCUGAAGUGCUUUUUUGAAAACAAGGAACCAGAACCCAUUUCCCUGCCAGCUUUCCAGGCAUGGGAAGAUGCUUCCCAGCUCUACUCUUUCAGCAGCAGCAAACAGCAUUAUAGCACGAUUCACAGGCUAGUUGAAGAAGGCCAGAAAGGAACCAGUGAGGAAAGAGAGACAUUGCUGGACCUUGCGGACAGAAGGGAAGUACCGUAGACCAAGUAUAUUUUCAGCGUUUUUUAUAUCUUGUUAAUAUGGCAUACUUCUAGCUGGUUUUGUCUCUGUAUUUUUUUCACAAUGGCCUCUUUCUUCUUCAUCAUGUUUCCUCCCUGUUAGUUACUUGCUCCAAAAGGAUGGAAUGAAAUUAUUUCUCAACAUGAAUGAAAAGUUUGCAGUUCUCCACAGCACCCAGGGUUCAUGUCACUGGCUCAGCAUCAAGAGCUGACAGCACAAAGAAAGGAAAAAUGGUAUCUACAAGAGGGUUUUAACAACAUGCUAUGCAAAAUGUGCUAUAGUGUGCUUGUCCUAUGUAAGUCUAGAGACUAUCAACAAGUAAAGUCAUUUAAAGUGUGUGAAUAUAAUAACAA